AUGGAAGCGAGAUGUCUCAAGACUGGAGAAAGACCCGAAUCGCAAUUGAUAGUCAUCAAACAUAAACUAGAGAUAUGCUGGGCCAUAGUUUUGACAUACAUGCUCCAAGCAAUUACGAACAUAACCAAUCCCAAUGAUUUCGUGGAGUUCUCUCACCAAGAUCUGGUUGUGCAUUUGAAGUUGAAGAAGUAA